ACAAUGGCAGUAAAACACUUCUCAGUCGACUACAAGACGAUUAAUGAACAUGGCACUUUUUCAGCUGGGGAUACUAUCACUGGGCGGGUCACUUUGGAAGCAUCCAAGGAGACCUCUCUCCAGUCUCUUUUUAUCAAAGCAAAAGGGAAAGCUGAGGUUAAAUGGACUGAAAAUGAGGGUCAAAACCCUGUGGACUACAGUGGCAAGAAGAAAUACUUCAGUCUUCAAAUAUUGUUGCAGGAAGGGAAGGGGGAUGGCUCUGAAAUAAUUUAUCCUGGGAGACAUGUGUAUCCUUUCACCUUCCAGAUUCCAGCCAAAGAUAUGCCUUCAUCUUACAUGGGGAAAUGGGGCAAAAUCACCUACUAUUUGAAGGCCAAGUUGAUCAGGACGCUUUGGUUGAUAGACAGAGCCAAGACAGAGUUCACAUAUCUGUCAAAGACUAAUAUGAUCAUUCCUGGACUGAGGGAGCCCCAGCAUGGUUCCAAGAUUCUAUUCUUUGCCUCUGGAAAUAUCUCUUUGGACAUUCAUAUUGAGACAAUGGGGUAUCUAUCAGGUGAAGCAAUAAAAAUCCUUGUUGAGAUACACAACAACUCUACACGCACAGUAACCCCCAACUUCUACCUAUAUGAAGAGCAAAGCUUCUUCGCCAAAAAUAAAAGGAACAUCUACACCAAUGACAUCAUUAAAGAGAGAGGAGAUCCUGUUACGGCUUCUACAAGACAGACUGUGACCAAAGUGCUGACUAUCCCUCCACAACUCCCUGUCUCCCUCCUAGACUGCUCCAUACUGAAGUUAGAGUACAGACUGAAGGUCACUCUUGACGUCCCAACGGCCAAAGACCCAGAGGUUAAACUUCCCCUGGUUAUCCUCCUGGAUAAAUCAAUAGCAGCUGAGGAACGGCAGCAGGAAUACAGUUGGUCUAAAUGAGUUCUCAUGCUCUAGAACUUUGGCCAUUACUAAGUCUUUUUUAAACCUUAGAUUUUGGGCUGGAUGUGUCAAUGAUACAUGUAACUGAAAAUAUAACUGUAAUCCAUUACCAGCUAAAACAUUGUAAUCAGAAUAAAAAUACAGAACAACAACCAAAAUCUAGAUGAUUACUUCUAGGAUUCAUUUUAAAUUCAGAAAAGAUGUUUGCGAAAAGUUACAAAAUAGCUACAAAAGAGCAAGAAUAGGUUUUUAUAGGCUACAGUCCAAGCUAUGUCUGACAAUGGCACCCAGGAACAGCAGCUGCAACUUUGGCUGUAGCUAAUUGGGAUCCUAAUAAAACACAAAAAUACUAAAAUGGCGCGUCUGCAUGCAAAGACUACAAUUUGAAUAAAGGCUUGGAGGUAAGGACGACAGCAGUGGUGUAGCCUACGGGCGAUACAGAUAUAACUUAUUAUUGAUAUCUACAUAGCAAUGAUGUGAAUCACACCGCUGCUCUCUCAUUUAGUAACUUGCUCCUUAUGGAUUGUGGUUGUUAUGGAUGGCUGUUUACAAAAGUACACUGAGUUUACAAAACAUUAGGAAAACCUGAUCUUUCCGUGACACAGACUGGCCAUGUAAUUCAGGUGAAAGCUAUGAUCCCUUAUUGAUGUUAAAUCCUCUUCAAUCAGUGUAGAUGAAAGUGUGGAUCAGGUUAUAGGAGGAUUUUUUAAGCUUUGAGACAAUUGAGACUGUGUAUGUCUGCCAUUCAGAUGGUGAAUGGGCAAGAAAAAAUAUUUAAGUUCCUUUAAACGGGGUAUGGUAAUAGGUGCCAGGCGCACCGGUUUGAGUGUGUCAAGAACUGAAACGGUGGUGUGUUUUUCACGCUCAACAGUUUCCCGUGUAUAUGAAGAAUUGUCCACCACCCAAAGGACAUCCAGCCAGUGGUCGAAAACAGGUCACUGAUGGAAGAGGACAAAGGAGCCUGACACAAAUUGUGCAGAGCAACAGACGGGCUACAUAAAAGAAUGCACAAUUCGUCGUACCUUGACACUAAUGAUGUAUGGCAGCUGAUUACCUUAAAGAGUUCCACUUCUUUCAGCAAAAAACAAGAAACUGCGAUUGCAGUGGGCUAAGAAAUGAAAACACUGGACACUGGAGAAUUGAAAAAGCAUUGCCUGGUCUGAUGAAUCGCGGUUACUACUGUGUCACACUGAUGGACUAGGGUAUGGAGAAAUCCACAUGAGUACAUGUAUCCAUCCUGUCACGUGUCAACAUUACAGGCUGGUGGUGUGAUGGUGUGGGUUGUGUUUUCAUGGCACACAUUGGGCCCCUUGAUAAAAGUGGAGCAGUGUUUGAAUGCCACAGGAUAUCUGAACGUCCUUAUCAAUCAGGUGUAUGCCUUCAUGGCAGCAGUGUAUCCAUAUGCAAAUGUUUUUUUCUCAGCAGGAUAAUGCCCCAUGCCACAAGGCUAGGAUUGUCCAGGAAUGGUUUCACAAACAUGACAGUGAAUUCAGCUUACUGCCCAGUCAUCAGAUCUCAAUCUAGUUGAGCAUCUGUGGGAUGAUAUGGAACGAGCUAUUCAGAGUAGAGAUCCACUACCAGCCAACUUGACACAACUGUGGGAAGCAUUGGAGUCAACAUGGGCCAUCAUCCCUGUGGAACGCCUUCAACACCUUGUAGAGUCCAUGCCCCAACGAUAUGAGGCUGUUCUGAGGGCAAAAGGGGUGCAGCUGAAUAUUAGCAAGGAGUUCCUAAUGUUUUGUACACACAGUGUAUAUGUGUAAUUUAACCGAAUAAUAGUUUAAUUGAAGAAGUUUAAGCUGCCUAUCAAUCAUUGUUUUAGCGACCAGUGGACAGACAAUGAAACAUUUUAUCUUGCAGGAGCUGCAUAGUGCGGAUCCCAGCUCAUGGAAUAAAAGUUUGAGGGAGUUCCUCCCUUCCAAAACUCGUGGUUUUGUGCUCCACAUGCAGUCAAAAACAAGUUCAUUUAAGAAGACCACGAGUGAGGCUUUUAUUGCUCAAGUGUCUUCUUUUUUGAAGCCCAUAACCAUGUGUGUGAGGUGUCAAUUUGUUUGACCCACCGCAGUAAAUUAAACAGCUGCAAAUUAUCAAGAUAUCAAAGUGUCACCAACAAAAACGUAAACGGCCUAUAGCAGAUGCAGCAUAUGGCAUUCAUUUUCAGUGCUCAAAGCAUGCCAUUCCAUGAGAGCAGCAUUUAACAAUGAGCCCAAUCUGUCCUCCAUGACAACAACAUCAUAAACAACACAGAGGCUAAAUCCUUAUUUUUUGGGCUAUGUUCAGGUAAAACAAUUUGGCUAUUCUAUAUUUCCAAGUCCUAUUCCUGAAGAUCAAGGUGUAUUUAAAAAAAAACUUUUUUAGCAGAUGCUGUUGUCUAGAGCAACUAGGGUUAAGUGCCUUGCUCAAGGGCACAUCGACAGAUUUUUCACCUAAUCUGCUCGGGGAUUUGAACUAGUGAACUUUUGGCUACUAGUCCAAAGUUCUUUACCACAAGCCUACCUCCUGCCUCUUACAUGAAUUGGAAUGACUGGAAAUAUUUUUCUAAUGCUAAUUAAGGGGAAAGUUAUCUAAAAGUAACUGAAAGUAAUCACAUAAUGUUCCUAAAUUUGGGUUAUCCCAAAAGUACAUUACAGAUUACAAUUUUGGAUUAGUAACUAGUAACUGUAACAGAUUACAUUAACAAAGUAACCCAGUCAGUCCUGUCUAUGAGCCAAAUUAUUGUUUUACCUCAAGUAGUCACAAAAUCCCUAGUUUUUCUAGAAGUACUGCUUUUCUCAAGUAGCCAUUUUCCCCAAAUAAUUUCCCACAUGGGCCAGGCCCCAAGCAAUUCGAGUUCUAGCCAAUGAGCUUCAGCCGCUUGUCAUUCUAGUGACAACUAGCAAGAUGCACACACAGCAGAAAGAGAGAGAAAGAGAGCAAUGACGUGAUGCACAUAUCUGCUCAUAUGAGACAUAGUAUACCGUUUUCUGGGACCACUUUUGGCUCGUGAGCGCUACUUUCAGAACUACUGGCUAAAAAGUAUAUAAAAGUACCAGAGAAUCUCUUUAAGAUACUGUGUGAGAAAACAUUAACAUGACUUCACACCCUUGAUAUAUAAUUGAAUCAGGUGUGUUAGUGCUGGCCAAGAACAAAAGCCUGCAUGACCUAUUGAUUCGCAGGACCAGAGCUGAAACAGAAGGACAAAAUCAUAUAAACAUUUGUGAAUGGUGAUAAAGUUGUUCAGAUUCUGGGAACAUACAAGGAAAUAUUCAAGAUACUGUACCUCACUUUGAGUAACAGCAUGUGCUGUAUACUGUGUAUCUCUCAAAUAAAUAAAACAUCACAUUACUUUACUAACGUCU